AUGGGUUUGCCUUGGUAUCGUGUUCAUACUGUCGUAUUGAAUGAUCCCGGUCGAUUGCUUUCUGUUCAUAUAAUGCAUACAGCUCUAGUUUCUGGUUGGGCUGGUUCGAUGGCUUUAUACGAAUUAGCGGUUUUUGAUCCCUCUGAUCCCGUUCUUGAUCCAAUGUGGAGACAAGGUAUGUUCGUUAUACCCUUCAUGACUCGUUUAGGAAUAACCAAUUCGUGGGGUGGUUGGAGUAUUUCAGGAGGAACUAUAACAAAUCCGGGUAUUUGGAGUUAUGAAGGUGUGGCAGGGGCACAUAUAGUGUUUUCCGGCUUGUGCUUCUUGGCAGCUAUCUGGCAUUGGGUAUAUUGGGACCUAGAAAUAUUCUGUGAUGAACGUACGGGAAAACCUUCUUUGGAUUUGCCCAAGAUCUUUGGAAUUCAUUUAUUUCUCUCAGGGGUAGCUUGCUUUGGCUUUGGCGCAUUUCAUGUAACAGGUUUGUAUGGUCCUGGAAUAUGGGUGUCCGACCCUUAUGGACUAACUGGAAAAGUACAAUCUGUAAAUCCAGCGUGGGGCGCGGAAGGUUUUGAUCCUUUUGUUCCGGGAGGAAUAGCCUCUCAUCAUAUUGCAGCGGGUACAUUGGGCAUAUUAGCAGGCCUAUUCCAUCUUAGUGUCCGUCCGCCUCAACGUCUAUACAAAGGAUUACGUAUGGGCAAUAUUGAAACUGUACUUUCCAGUAGUAUCGCUGCUGUUUUUUUUGCAGCUUUUGUUGUUGCUGGAACUAUGUGGUAUGGUUCAGCAACUACCCCAAUCGAAUUAUUUGGUCCUACUCGUUAUCAGUGGGAUCAGGGAUACUUUCAGCAAGAAAUAUAUCGAAGAGUUAGUGCCGGGCUAGCCGAAAAUCUUAGUUUAUCGGAAGCUUGGUCUAAAAUUCCCGAAAAAUUAGCCUUUUAUGAUUAUAUUGGUAAUAAUCCGGCAAAAGGGGGAUUAUUCAGAGCAGGCUCAAUGGACAAUGGGGAUGGAAUUGCUGUUGGAUGGUUAGGACACCCCGUCUUUAGAGAUAAAGAAGGGCGCGAGCUUUUUGUACGUCGUAUGCCUACUUUUUUUGAAACAUUUCCGGUAGUUUUGGUAGAUGAAGACGGAAUUGUGAGAGCUGAUGUUCCUUUUAGAAGGGCAGAAUCAAAGUAUAGUGUUGACCAAGUAGGUGUUACUGUUGAGUUCUAUGGUGGCGAACUUAAUGGAGUAAGUUAUUCUGAUCCUGCUACUGUGAAAAAAUAUGCUAGACGUGCCCAAUUAGGUGAAAUUUUUGAAUUAGAUCGGGCUACUUUGAAAUCCGAUGGUGUUUUUCGUAGCAGUCCAAGGGGUUGGUUCACUUUUGGGCAUGCUACGUUUGCUUUGCUCUUCUUUUUCGGACACAUUUGGCAUGGCGCUAGAACCUUGUUCAGAGAUGUUUUUGCUGGUAUUGAUCCAGAUUUGGAUGCUCAAGUGGAAUUUGGAACAUUCCAAAAAAUUGGAGAUCCAACUACAAGGAGACAAGUAGUCUGA